UCCUCCGCUCGUCGCGCGCGUCCGUCCCUCUCUCCUCGCGUCGCGUUCUUAUCCUCCCGCCCUCCGGUCCUGCCCACCAUUUAUAGCUCCGUCCCCGCUCUCAGAGCCAGCCACACCGUGUCACUGGCAGCUUUGCGUCGCGGCGUGAUCUCUUCGCUUUCGCUUUGGCCAUCGGUUUGGAGCGGGAAGUUGAUGGAGGCUUACUUCUUGUUGCACCGGAGCGCGGAGAUGAUGGCGCUCGAGGAGCAGGAGGAGGACAUCGGCUCGCCCUCCGAUUCCGAGUCGCCGUCCACGUCGAGGGACUCGGCGGCGGGGUCGUCGUCGUCGUCGUCGGAGCUCGACGAUGACGCGAGCUCCUCCGGCUCGGAACACUUCGAGAUGUCCGCCCUCAUGACGCAGCUCCCCUUCAAGAGGGGGCUGUCCAGGUUCUUCGACGGCAAGUCGCAGUCGUUCGCCUCGCUGGCGGCGGUGGCGUCGCUGGAGGACCUGGCCAAGCCGCCCAGGAAGCGCCUCAAGCCGUCGCGUAGCUGCGGCGGGGGGCUCGACGCGCACCGCGGACGCUUACUCUCGCUGCGGCGGCUUGGCACCAAGGCCGCGGGUGUGGCCAAGAAGGGGGCCGCAAGGAGCGGCGCCCUGUCCGUGCUCGGCGCCGCGCCGAGAAGGCCGCCGCUAGCGGUACGGGGGAGGCCCGAGGGCGUGGCCGCCAAGGUUCUGGUCGUUAGCUAAAGAGCUCUUCGGUUUGCCCCCGUUGAGCUUAGCAUUGACGGGGCGCAGGCACAGCUGCGCGCUGCCACGUCCACCUGCCUGAACCGACAGCCAAGGCAAUGGCGUGUUCGUUGUUCUGUUUGGUUUGUUGUUUUCCAAUGCGUUCUUCAUCCUUGUAGAGGGAGAUUGUAAUAUAAAUCCGCGGUUGAAUUAGAAUGGCUAUUUGAAAUGGAAAUUGGAAUGCUUUAGCAUA